AAUGUUAGGUUAGGUUUUGAAUGUUUUUCCAAGCCACCAACUCAGGUCACCACAAUGUCAGUUUUGGAGUACUCGGAAUCUUUUCGAGCUUGGGGAAAAUCGUCAUGGAGAAAUGUUCACCGUUGUAAACUGUGCCCAUAUUUUACCACAUCGCUUUUCUUUAUGGUAAACCACGUGCGACGACACCGUUCCCCUCUAGCAAAACUCACUUGUGGAAAGGCCAAAAUUGAACUAUUUUACUGUAAAGACUGCGAUUUUAAAACGGAGCUAACGAUCCUGUUCAAACAACACAUUAAUAAAAAUCACGGUGUUAAAGUCGAAUCUAGAGACGAUUUAUCAAGUCAGGACUUUGUUAUACAAAACUACGUUUGCAAAAAGUGCAGUUUUGAAACAAAUCUGUCGUUGAAGUGGCUUCAACAUACUUCAGAGUGCACGGGAAAAAAAGAAAAUCUCCAAAGUGUGAGUUAUCUGCAAGACGGAAUAUGUUGGCAUUGCUGUACGGACUGUAACUUCAAAGCCAAAGUCCAAAGCCACGUAAGAGAUCACAUUAAAAGGUGCCAUUGGAGCAAGGCGUAUGCAUGUGAAAAGUGUCCGUUUAAAAGUAGAUAUAAAACAAGUUUAAGAAAACAUGUAAAUGGCGUCCAUUUAGAUGAACAAGAUGGUGUAUGGUACCGAUGCAUUGAGUGUCCCUUCAAAACUAGGUAUAAAGUUAAUUUAAAGAAUCACGCAAUAGCAAAACAUACAGCUCAAGAAGAAAUUAAAUGGUACGAAUGUGACCUGUGCCCUCUUAAAACUAGAAAAAAAUAUACUUUAAGAGAACACAUAAAUAGAGUUCAUUCGAAUGAAGAAGACGUUAAAUGGUACGAAUGCGACAAGUGUCCAUUCAAAACUAAGUACAAACAUUCUUUCAAAAUCCACAUAAAUGUGAAACACGUAGAUGGAGAGCAAAUUCAGUGGUACGAAUGUACAAAUUGUCCGUACAGAACUAAAUUAAUUUCACGAUUAAAGGAACACACAGAUGUUAAUCAUUCAGAACAACCGCAAUGGUAUGAGUGUGCGACGUGUUCGUAUAAAACUAAAGUGAAACGUUAUUUAAGAAAUCAUGUAAAGGUCCAUGGGGCGGCUAAAUCGUUUCAGUGCAAAUAUUGUCCGUACAAAACUACAACAAAAUCUUAUUUAAAAACCCACAUAAAACGGUCACACGAAGAAGUCAAUUGGUACGAAUGUAAAGAGUGUCCAUAUAAAAGUAAAGUCCCGGGUCACUUAAAACGUCAUGUAAUUUGCAAACAUUGCAAGUGGUACGAGUGCGAAUAUUGUCCACAUAAGACGAAACACAGACAUCAUUUAGAGGCUCAUACAAGAAAAUGCCAUUUGGAAUAAACGGAAGUUACGUGGUACAAAUGCCGUCUCUGUAAAAUUAGAUCACGUUUUUGUGAACACAAAAAGGCAAUACAUGAUCAGGAUUUAGUUUACUUUAAUAA